AUGGCGGUUGAGCGUAUAGAAUACGCCGCAGCAUCGCUGCCUGCACUAGUCGACGACGUUUUCUUCAUGGUCCUCGACUAUCUGGAGCCUGCACACCUGGCCCCGUUGGUACGAUGCUGCCAACUGCUACACACGCGGGCACUACCCGUCCUGCUGGGCACAGAAGUGCGCCGCGAUAGGGCCCUUCUCUGGGCGUGCCGGCACGGCCGCCUGUCUGCUGUGCGCAGAGCCGUUGCGUUUGGCGCCAACAUUGUCGCACCGGCGUACCUGGCCACCUCGCGCGUCACCCAGAACGGCGCGGGUGCAACCCAGAUCGUGUACAGGACGUCGCCCCUGCGCGUCGCAGCGCAGAGCGGCAAUCUGGUGAUGCUGCAGGUGCUCAUGGAACUUGGCGCAACGUUGGAUAUGCCGCGCGAGUUCCCCCAGAAGAUGCUAUCGCCCGACAGGGAGAUUUCAAGCUUCCUUGCCAGCAUUUCAGAAAAGCCGGAACGUUUACCGCUUCUCUUGCUAUUCUUCAACUCGGCCCUGGCCGGUUGCGGCGGCGGAUUCUUCCAAGGGGCGUCAUAUGCGCAGAUAUGCCUGCAGCAUGCCUUCGGCGGUCCAAAACUUCCACCAGUGGAAGCUGUUCGCUUUUUGGUCUCGUACAAAGGGCCGGGAGGAUGUGCUAGUGUGAGGCGCCUACAGGCCUCAAAAACAAAGAAGGCCUGUCCCCUGGCGCGAGCCAUAUUGGGGAGACAGCGAGAGCUGGAGGAGCUGCUCGUCGCGCAUAGGGCCGAUAUUCAUGGCAUACCCUACUGGACGGAAGAUUUGCCGAUGAGAGCCGCUGACAUUCCUAUCUAUGCGGCAGCACGGAUGAUGGCGCAUGAUGGGAUUGAUUUGGUAAGACGCUGCAUCGUCCUAGGUGCCGACGUGCGUCACGACAGCAACAUUGUAUAUACUUCACGCACGCCCUUGCCGGUAUAUCUGUACGUCGCCUCCGUUGAGAACUGGAACAAGGAUCAGCUUCUGCGCCCGACAGAGGGGAUUAAGUUUUGGCUCGGGCAGGGUAUGGCCAUUGACGACGGAAGGGUAGGGAAAGGUUGUCCACAGCCAGGUAUAUGGAGCAGCGGCUCGCUGCCCUCCAUGAUUGAAAUGCUGAUUGAUAAGUGGGGGGCUGAUUUCCUAGCAAAUGACGAGUUUAACCGUGUCAUCAGCUUGUUGGCAAAGCCUGGGCUGAGUGAUCAGCAUCUCUCUCUCCUAGACAGGCUUCCCUCUCCCAAAGAUCCCAAGAAUGGGGUGUUUGAGGUUCGACUAGAAUAA